AUGGGCCAGAAUCUUUCACAGCCCGUCACAGAAAAGAUAACGGAAAAGGGCGAAAAUGCCAACCUUUAUUACGGUGUGUCGUCAAUGCAAGGCUGGCGUGUGUCUAUGGAAGACGCGCACGCGACGGUGCUGAACCUCAAAGCAGGUGGCAAGACUGCCGCUCCUGAGACUGACGAGGUGAGGGCUAGCCAGCAGAGCGUUUCAACUGGAUCUGCAGAGGAUAUUCGAGAUGCUAUUGCUUUUUUCGCUGUUUAUGAUGGUCAUGGAGGUGAUCGAACUGCCUUAUUUGCCGGUGAGCAUACCCACGAGCUUGUAGCGCAGUCCGAGCCGUUUGCGUCUCGCAAAUGGGGUGCCGCUAUUCAGGAUGGCUUCCUCGCUACCGACAGAGCGAUUCUGGAUCGCCCGGGUGGGGGGGUUGACCCCAGCGGCUGCGCGGCUACCGCGGCCAUUAUCACUAAGGACGAGAUUGUUUGCGGUAAUGCAGGCGACUCGCGCACAGUCCUCGGAGUUUGUGGAACAGCAAAGCCCCUGUCGUUCGACCACAAGCCCGACAACGAAGGCGAAAAGAGCCGGAUAUCUAAUGCUGGUGGCUUUGUCGAGAUGAGUCGUGUUAAUGGUAAUCUGGCCCUCAGCCGUGCCCUGGGUGACUUUUCGUUCAAGACGCAGUCGCGCCUGCCACCGGAGGAGCAGGUCGUCACUGCCUAUCCUGACGUCAUUGCCCACCCUCUCAGUGAAUUGGACGAAUUUGUCGUGCUUGCCUGCGAUGGCAUCUGGGACUGCAUGACCUCUCAGGAAGUCGUGGAGUUUGUUCGUCGCGGAAUCGCCGAAAAACUCCCUCUUGAAGAUAUUUGUGAGUUGCUGAUGGAAGAAUGUCUUGCUCCCGAGUCUGACAUGACCGGUAUUGGUUGCGAUAACAUGACCGUGUGCUUAGUUGCUCUGCUUCAAGGCAAAACCAAGGAGCAAUGGUAUCAGAUGGUUGCCGACAGGGUCGACGCCGGCGAGGGCCCCGUCGCAACCCGCACUACCGAGGAAAUCCGCGCACAGAUUUUGGCCCGCAACGCCCGUUCUGACGACGAGCCCCCGCACGAUGUAGACAGCUCCUCUUCACAAAUGAUGCUUCAGCAGCUUUUGGGUGCGUCGGCAAUGGGAGGCGGCCGCUUGAAUCCUGAGGCUACCACUUUGCUUUCUAGACUGGGUAUCCGCCUUGUAUCCUCUGACGAUGAUGAGGCCACCGGUUUGGACUCCUCUGACGAUGACGACGACGACGAUAACCAUAACGUGCACGAAGAUGGCCAGCACGACGAAGGAAAGACUCCCCGUGAUGACUGGCAGUGA